AUGAGCCAGAAUGAAAAUAAAGCUCUAAGACUGAAAGACGGAGUUACUAUGUCGUCAUACGUCCAACCAGAAGACAUCGCCAUAGGACCAGGCGUUCCAAUGGCUCUUCAAAGCCUGGAAACGACAGAUGAUCGACUGGCAUGGAAUUAUUUUGAUGAGGUCGGAUAUGUUUCCAAGGGCCGGUUGCGAAAAGGCGAAGAUCCUUAUGGAAGGAAUAAAUUUAAUCAGCAAGCUAGUGAUAACUUAUCAAGUAAUAGAGAAAUACCUGAUACUCGUAAUGCUAUGUGCCGUAAAAAAAUAUUUGUGACAGAUGAACUUCCAUCUACCUCAGUCAUAAUUACAUUCCACAACGAAGCCAGAUCUACCUUAUUAAGAACAGUUGUCAGCGUCUUGAACCGAAGUCCGGAGCACCUAAUAAAAGAAAUUAUUCUUGUGGAUGACUUCAGCGAUAACCCUACCGACGGCGAAGAAUUGGCAAAAAUUCAAAAAGUAAGAGUUCUAAGGAACGAUAAAAGGGAAGGAUUGAUGAGAUCAAGGGUAAAAGGUGCUGAUGCCGCAACUGCUUCGGUUUUGACAUUUUUAGAUAGCCACUGUGAGUGCAACGCGAAUUGGUUGGAACCGCUGCUCGAAAGAGUUGUAGAAGACCCCACUAGGGUUGUUUGUCCUGUGAUAGAUGUUAUUAGUAUGGAUACUUUCCAGUAUAUUGGUGCGUCUGCCGAUUUACGAGGUGGAUUUGAUUGGAAUCUAGUCUUUAAAUGGGAAUAUUUAAGUUAUGCUGACCGAGAAUCUCGACAGAAAGAUCCUACGCAGCCUAUAAGAACGCCAAUGAUAGCAGGCGGAUUAUUCGUUAUUAAUAAGGCAUAUUUCGAAAAACUGGGAAAAUAUGAUAUGAAAAUGGAUGUAUGGGGAGGAGAAAACUUAGAAAUAUCUUUUAGAGUAUGGCAGUGUGGAGGCAGUUUGGAAAUAAUACCAUGUAGUAGGGUGGGUCAUGUAUUUAGAAAAAGACACCCUUACACAUUCCCAGGAGGUAGUGGUACAGUAUUUGCAAGGAAUACUAGGCGAGCUGCAGAGGUCUGGAUGGAUGAAUUUAAAAAUUAUUAUUAUGCUUCAGUUCCUCUAGCGAAGAGUGUGAACUUUGGAGAUAUCAGUGAUCGUCUCGAACUUAAAGAACGACUGCAGUGCAAGCCAUUCAAGUGGUACUUAAAAAAUGUUUAUCCGGAAUUGAGUGUACCUCAAGUUACUACUUCACGGUACGGCCAAAUUCGUCAAGGUGCUUACUGCUUGGACACUAUGGGCCAUUUGUUAGAUGGAAUUGUAGGCUUGUACCAGUGUCAUCAUACUGGUGGAAACCAGGAAUGGGGAUUAACCAAUACGGGACUUCUACGGCAUCAUGAUCUUUGUUUAACAGUAUUUAAUUUUGCUAAAGUGGGAUCCCAAGUAAUUAUGCGAAUAUGCGACGGUUCUGUUGAACAAAAAUGGCAUUUGAUUGCCCCCGAUGGUCUUCUUCGUAAUUCUAAAUACCCACUUUGUCUAGACUCCCGAUUUACAGACACAAAAGGCAUUACAGCAGAAAGAUGUAGUAGCAGUUUGGAUUCUCAAAGAUGGCAAUUAACAGGAAGAUCUUAA